AUGAAGUAUGAGGGAAACCUCUUACUCUUCAUCAAUACCCAUUCGGAUACCAAGACUGGUGACCUUGUUGUUUCCAGUGACCUGAAGCACAGUGGGUCUGUAUGGAUUUGUGAGCUGAUAGAAAACUACAUCGGAGACCAUCAUCUGGCAGCUGCCGCACAGGCGAUCGCAUCAAUCAACUCCAAGCCUGGGGUUGGCUCAUGCACUCAUGGCCUCAUUGUCUGCACAUGUGGAGCGACGGGGAGAGUGCCCAAAAGUGCUGAGCUGUUGAAGAGUCUCAUCAAGAAUGACAUUUUUGAUUUUGUUCUCACUUUUGCAGGCAUCUAUAUCAUGGACACAAUCAUUGCACCCGCCUUGACCUGGUUCAUCGAAAAUGUGUACAUCUAUGACAUGAAGAUCUGGGAUGCACUUGAACAGUCAUUCAGUGAGGAUCUUCAUGCACUCAAGCAGGCGCCAGUGAUGUUGGCAUUUGCCAACAUAUAUGUUGACCUGAACAAUACUCACGAAUGUGUGGUUGAUUCACAGGUGCUCAUGUACUCAAACCUCUUGGAUGGGGGGCCUUGGGGCCUGGAUAUAUUCUGUUGCUUGAAUGCAAAAUGUGGUUCCCCAUCCUACAACAUCAUCUUUCGCCAUUGCAGCAAGCAGUACUAUGGGAGGUACUGGUUGAAAACCAACAUCAGGUAUACCUGCCUCCAGUGCCACAUAACCAACAAGGCAAUCACAACUCCCAAAUGGAUCUUCUUGGCUUGGUCCCAGAACUUUGGGUGCAUCUGGUAUCAGUAG